UGCCCGAAGCCGUGGCUCCGAGGGCAGUGCCCAGACCAGGUGGAGCGGAGUCCGGGCGGGCCUUGCAAGCAGUAGCAUCAGAGCACGUGACGCGCCACCAUCUCCGGCCGCCUCCUCCCCGCGCCAUGACCCAGCCGGUCCCCCGGCUCUCUGUGCCCGCUGCGUUGGCCCUGGGCUCGGCCGCGCUGGGCGCUGCCUUCGCCACCGGCCUCUUCCUGGGGAGGCGGUGGCCCCCGUGGAGAUUCCAACGACAGCAGCGCCUGCUUCCGCGCGAGGACGACCCCCUGUGGCAGUAUGUGCUCAGCCGCUCCAUGCGGGAGCACCCGGCGCUACGGAGCCUGCGGCUGCUGACCCUGGAGCAGCCGCAGGGCGAUUCCAUGAUGACCUGUGAGCAGGCCCAGCUUCUGGCCAACCUGGCGCGGCUCAUCAAGGCCAAGAAGGCGCUUGACCUGGGCACUUUCACAGGCUACUCCGCCCUGGCGUUGGCCCUGGCGCUGCCCCCAGAAGGGCGUGUGGUGACCUGCGAAGUGGACGCGAGGCUCCCGGAGCUGGGGCGACCGCUGUGGAAGCAGGCCGAGAUGGAGCACAAGAUCGACCUUCGGCUGAAGCCUGCCCUGGAGACCCUGGACGAGCUGCUGGCGGCCGGCGAGGCCGGCACGUUCGAUGUAGCGGUGGUAGACGCGGACAAGAAGAACUGCACAGCCUACUACGAGCGGUGCCUGCAGCUGCUGCGACCCGGAGGCGUCCUAGCAGUAGUCAGCGUACGGAGUUCUGUGGCACGGAGAGGUGCUGCAGCCUCUGCAGGGGGACGAGGUGACCGAGUGCGUGCGAAACCUAAACGAGCGCAUCCGGCGGGAUGUCAGGGUCCACAUCAGCCUCCUGCCGCUGGGCGACGGUCUCACCUUGGCCUUCAAAAUCUAGGGCUGGCCCUUAGCCAGUGGGCUAGAGGGAAGGAACCCGGAAGCCGAGACAUUGAUCCAGAGUUUGAAACCCGACAAUAAAGUGGGGCUGGGACACGCGAA